UGAGCAGCGUCGUCAGUUGCCUGAUCACGCUGAUCCGGCUCUUCAGGUAUCCUGAGGCGGUUCCGGUGCCGGAAAUAGAACGCCGAAGUGACAAAGGUCUACUCCGUAGCAUGGGUCGCGUCCUUGGCAGCGGAGUGGGACUUCUGCAAAUCCUGGCGAUGGCCUUACUGGCAGCUGCUUGGCGGGGCUUCGGCCUGCAUGAUGCGGCCUUUGCCCAGGUGAAAUACCACGUGCAUCCGGACAACGUUUCAGUAACGCAGCUAAUAGAAAUUCAGUUAAAACUGCUAUCCACCCUAUUAGCAGUUAUUCUAGCUGGAUACAUCUACACUGCCCCAGUCAUGCCGAAAUUUGAUCGUAAAGCAGCAGUCGCCAGCGCCGCAAGGAUGAGUUUCCUGGCCACCGUGUUCUACGUCGUGAUGACGGCGGUGCUGAGCUGCAAUCGCAGUGGGAUUGGAGGCAUGGCUGAGCUUAAUUAUACUCAGCCUGCUUGUGGACUAAACUGCGAUUGUGAUCGUCCCUGGAUGGAGUUUACUCCCGUCUGCGUUCCUGAGCAGAUGACGACGUAUUUCUCUCCUUGCCACGCCGGCUGUGCUACAGCUGACACAGUCAAUAGUAUUGGGGUGUACUCGGACUGCGCAUGCGCGCCGGGCGGGCGCGUCACCAGAGGCGCGUGCGACGACGGUUCCUGCGCGAGCAUGUACUCUUUACACCAAAUGUGCUACGUGGUGGUUUGGUUGGUCAGCACUCUGGCGUUCAUAUGGCACACCACCGUGUUGUUGGAGUCAGUGAAUAAGCGUGAUGUCGCGAUGGCGAUAGGCCUCGCGUCAAGCGUUGUGUCCCUCGUCGCCUUCGUGGGGGCCCAUGGUUUCUACAUGGGAAUUAGCUGGUUCACGUGCGCGUUCUCCCGCGGUUCCAAGUGUCUCCUCCAGAACGAUCAGUUCGCACCCUGGGUGGGGUACUCCAGCGCAGUCCUAGCUGCUCUAGCUUUCGUUAUCACCAUAAUCUCCUGCGUCAUGCUGAGGAGACAGAAGGCGCCAAUGGAAGAUGUGAACCUUGGAUAGUGU